ACGGGCUUGCCUUUCCGGCUUGCCCUCCUUUUUUUUUCUUUCUCUCGAUGUUUUUGAUUGGCUACAAGGUUCUUCCGAGAAUGACGUCACGAAGACCAAUAUGUUUCGGGUGUUAUCAUUGGACGGCUUCUAUCUCCGUUCUGGAAAUAGAAGUGUCCAUGUGGUUGGGAUCGAGGAUUGGCCUGGGUCACCAUGACAACAGCAUUCAGCAGUGAUGGGGAGGAGGUGAUUCAAAGGGCCCUGGAUCCUGGAGGCUCUGGAGGACGCCCCUCGACUGUGACACUAGAAGAUUUCUACGAACUGGAGAAAGCCACUUCGUUUGUGGUGGAUAAUGGUUUCACCAAGGUUGCCCUUCAGUUCCCUGAUGAUCUACUAUCAGAUUCAGGUGAUGUUGCCAUCAAGAUGGAAGCAGCAAGUGGUGCCAAAAUGUAUAUCCUAGGGGAUACAUCAUAUGGCAGCUGUUGUGUGGAUGAGGUGGCAGCAGAACAUGUGGAUGCUGAGGCUGUGGUGCACUAUGGUCCUGCCUGUCUGAGCCCCUGCUGCAAGCUGCCAGUGCUACAUAUAUUUGGCCGUGUGCCGUUAGAUGUCACACAUUGCGCUGAGGCCUUCCAGGAACUGCAUCCUGACCACCAAACUCAUGUGGUUGUACUGACUGAAGUGAUCUAUUCUCAUGCUCUUGAUGACUUGGCUUCUGAGCUGCAACCCAUUUAUCCCAAUGUUGUCUUCUCCCAACUGGACAACAAAGAACCUGAUAAUUCAACCCAGCCAGUUUCUGGGUUGAUGAGGCAGUUUGGCCGAUGCUUUGCAAUAGACCAACAACAUGGUAUUGAGAAAUAUAGCAUGUUCUACGUGGGCAGUGAAGGACCAGAGCUCACAAACUUCAUGUUGAGCUGGAACCAAUGCUCUUUCAGUUCCUUUAAUCCUAAAACAGGACAAGGCCGAAAAGAAACACUGGAUGUGAACCGAGCCCUGCGACGGCGCCUCUAUCUGGUGGAGCGGGCACGGGAUGCCCAAGUAGUGGGUAUUGUGGUGGGCACUCUUGGUGUGGCUGACUAUUUAUCUGUUCUACAGCAUUUGCGUGGUAUCAUUCACAAGGCAGGCAAACGUGCCUACACUCUGGCUGUGGGGAAACCGAACCCUGCCAAGCUAGCAAACUUUCUAGAAAUAGAAAUCUUUGUUUUAGUAGCCUGCCCUCUAAAUUCCUUGCUUGACUCCAGUGAUUUCUACCGGCCCAUCAUCACACCUUAUGAGAUGGAAUUAGCAUGCAAUCCAGCACGGAUUUGGACAGGCAGCUAUGUCACUGACUUCCACUACCUCCUACCAGGAGCAUGUGCUCACACUCCUUUCCCAGACAAGAUGUCAGAGGCUGAAGAUGAACCCAGCAUUUCACUAAUCACUGGAGAGCUGCGCUCAACUAAUCUCAACAUAGUGCCAGAUCCAAAACUGAGCUCUGAUACUGCUGUGGCCUGCCGCAACCAUCUGCAGACUGUGGCUGAAAUCAGCCCGGCAGCUUCAUUUCUCAAGUCACGCAGCUGGCAGGGGCUGGAGCCACAGCUGGGCCAGACAGCAGUCACAAAAGCUGUAGCAGGACGACGGGGGAUCGCUAUUGCUUAUGAAGAUGAACCAUGUGGACAAUGAGUCCAGAAUGUAAGACAGUAAGGGACAGAGAAGAAGUUGCCUUCCGUAAGUGAAUCAAAAGAGUAGGUGAACAUCACUCUGCUUUGAACUGUCCUGACUAUCUCUUACUUGGAAGCAUUUCCCUCCUGCCUUGGCAUAACCUGUAUGACAAGAGUUCUCAUGGCUGUUAUGACCUUGCCUAGCAUUUCUGCACAGAUGAAUCAAACAAUGCCACCAUUGUUUUUGCUCUGACACAUGAUGCUUCAAUUUCUCCAAAAUGUGCUCUUUUGGUAAGGUUCCCUGCCUUGGGAAUCUAAGUGGAAUCAUUCUCCUUACUUUGCCAUCAAUUGCACUCACAAAUAAAGUUGUGGUUUGGUUCUGUCAUAACAAUACCAACAACAGCUUGGUCCUGUUGUGGAAAUAGCUCUUACCUAUUUGUGGCUUGGAUUACAAAAGGGCAGGCUUAAGAAGCGAUAGACUUGGAGGAGAACUAAGGUAAAUAUUUGAAAUAAAAAAUAAGAUUCAGCUAUAUAGAAUUAUUGAAUUUGUCCUUUCCCAAUAUAGCAAGGUCCUAAUUUGGAAGCCACUUAAUUUGAAAUAAUAAUAAUAAUAAUAAUAAUAAUAAUAAUAAUAAUAAUAAUAAUAAUUUAUUUGUAUCCUGCUUUUCUCCCACAAUAGGAUCCACAGAUUAAAACCUUUGAGUCUCCCUAGGGGUGAGAAAAGCAGUAUAUAAAUACUGUAAAUAAUAAUAAAAGCAAUACAAGUCCAAAACAAUCAUCAUAUAAAAUAAAACCACCUAUAAAAUAAAAUAUAAAUAAGCAUUUAAAAACAAAUAUAUUAUUGUUGGAUCAUAUUGCACUUCGCUCAGCUCAAUAAAAGUUGGCCUUACUUUCACUUCAGACUAUAUUUCAUCCCUGAAGGCUUGUUUAAACACUAAGGUUUUUAGUUGUUUUUUAAAGGAUGACAAGGAAGAGGCUGUUUUAACCUCCUUGGGGAGGGAGUUCCAAAGGAUUGGGGCAGCCACCGAGAAGGCCCUCUCUUGUUGCCACAGCCACAUUUGAGGUGGUAGCAGCAGUGAGAGUAGGCCCUCUUCAGAUGAUCUUAGCGAUUGGGCAGGUUGGUAUGAGGAGAUGCAGUCAGAUGGGUGAUUGGACCUGAACCAUUUAGGGCUUUAAAAUACAGGGUGAGGCAGCAUAACUUCCUUUUUAAAAUGCGCGCCAUUCAGUCGGUUGAAGAUGUAGCAAAGUACUAGUGGUCUCGUUUGAGAGGCGGGAGUAUAAAGUUUUGUCCUGACACAGUUCAGUCGCCAUCAUGUGUUGGAACAGUGAGGAGCGUGCUUUUGCUGUUGAGGCCUACUUUCUGAGCGGAUUUGGAGUGGCCAGCCCGCUCUCCAGAUUUGGCCCCUUGUGAUUUUUUUUAUGGGGUUUUUUGAAAUCCUGUGUUUAUGUGAACCGUCCAAGGACCCUACAAGAUUUGAAAACCAACAUCCAGGAAGAAACUGCCAACAUAACGCCUGCUAUGCUGGCAAGAGUCAUGACAAUCGCCAAAAAUCGGUUUAGUCGAUGUAUGGAGAAUGGGGGACGUCACCUACUUAAUUUGAUCUUCAAAACUACGUAAAACAAAACUUUAGGUAAGAGGUAAAGGUUGUCCCCUGACAUUAAGUCCAGUCAUGUCUGACUCUGGGGUGUGGUGCUCAUCUCCAUUUCUAGACCGAAGAGCCGGCACUGUCCAUAGACACCUCCAAGGUCAUGUGGCCAGAAUGAUUGCAUGGAGCGCCAUUACCUUCCCUCCGGAUUUGAUUUACUCACAUUUGCAUGUUUUCGAACUGCUAGGUUGGCAGAAGCUAGGGUAGGCGGAAGCUCACGUCGCUCCCCGGAAUCGAACCUGUGAUCUUUCAGUCGACAAGCUCAGCAGCUCAGCGCUUUAACCCAUUGCGCCACCAGGGGCUCCUUUAGGUAUGCGCCUACAUUAUAAAAAAAAUUCUGAUUCACACAAUGGGUUUUAUUAAGUUUUGAAAAAAAGGAAGUUAUGCUGCCUCACCCUGUGUAAGAGCAAAGUCUGAAAAUCCUAUCAGAAAUUAUGAAAUCUAUCAAAACUGAUGUCCAUCCAUACUUAAGUACAUUGCCAAUAAGUACAUUGCCUCAAGAUAGUUUGCACAGCAGCAAUGAGCUGGACAGGCUCAUCAUCCAUGAGUUACAGAUGAGAACAUAAUCUUACCUAUUCCAAAGGAAGAUGUUUAGCUGAUUGCUAUUCAAGUGUCUUGCCAAGAAGAUAGCUCUCGCUGAGCUUUGAACAGACAUACUGGACCUUGAACCCCUGCCUCCUUCAUGGAAGAUAAAGCUUCAGUUGCAUCCCAGGAUAUCUUCCCUUUAGCCCAACGAAGUGAAUUUUUUCAUCCAAUUUAUGAGCAUUAUCUUGUGCUUUUCAAAGAGAUGUAUAAUAUAACUCCCAAAUCCUUUUGUUAUUUUUGUAUGUUUUACUGUCAUAAUUAACUUCAAAAUAUGAAAUUUCUUUAAUAAAAUACGAUCGCAGGUGAAGAA